CCGCUCAGCUCCGCUCCGCGAUGGCCGUGGCCGUGGGGAGACCGGCGAGCGAUGACCUCAGGAACCUGUCCCUCUCGGGCCAUGUAGGCUUUGACAGCCUUCCUGACCAGCUGGUCAACAAGUCAACAUCGCAGGGCUUCUGCUUCAACAUCCUCUGUGUGGGGGAGACUGGCAUCGGCAAGUCGACGUUGAUGGACACGCUGUUCAACACCAAGUUUGAGAGCGAACCUGCUACGCACAAUGAGCCUGGCGUGAGGUUGAAAGCCAGGAGUUACGAGCUGCAGGAGAGCAACGUCCGUCUGAAGCUGACAAUCGUAGACACAGUUGGAUUUGGCGACCAGAUUAACAAGGAUGACAGCUACAAGCCCAUAGUGGAAUAUAUUGAUGCACAGUUUGAAGCCUACUUGCAAGAAGAGCUGAAGAUCAAACGCUCCCUGUUCAACUACCACGACACUAGGAUUCAUGCCUGCCUCUACUUCAUUGCACCAACUGGGCACUCGCUGAAGUCCCUAGACUUGGUCACCAUGAAGAAACUCGACAGUAAGGUGAACAUCAUCCCCAUCAUUGCCAAGGCUGACACCAUAGCAAAAAAUGAGUUGCACAAGUUCAAGAGUAAAAUCAUGAGCGAGCUGGUCAGCAACGGCGUCCAGAUCUACCAGUUCCCAACAGACGAAGAGACGGUGGCGGAGAUCAACGCGACGAUGAGUGUCCACCUUCCGUUUGCCGUCGUUGGCAGCACCGAAGAAGUGAAGAUUGGCAACAAGAUGGCAAAAGCCAGGCAAUACCCAUGGGGUGUUGUGCAGGUUGAAAAUGAAAAUCACUGUGACUUUGUGAAGCUGCGGGAGAUGCUGAUCCGUGUGAACAUGGAGGACUUGAGAGAGCAGACACACACCCGACACUAUGAGCUGUACAGGCGCUGCAAACUGGAAGAGAUGGGGUUCAAGGACACAGAUCCAGACAGCAAACCUUUCAGUCUCCAAGAGACUUACGAAGCAAAGAGGAAUGAAUUCCUGGGUGAACUCCAGAAGAAGGAAGAUGAAAUGAGGCAGAUGUUUGUCAUGAGAGUCAAGGAAAAGGAAGCAGAGUUGAAAGAAGCAGAGAAAGAUCUCCAUGAAAAGUUUGACCAUCUAAAGAGAACUCACCAAGAAGAGAAGAAAAAGGUAGAAGACAAAAAGAAAGAGCUUGACGAAGAGCUGAGCAACUUCCAAAAGAAGAAGGCAGCAGCUCAGCUAUUACAGUCACAGGCUCAGCAGGCAGGUUCUCAACAAACCAAGAAAGACAAGGACAAGAAAAAGUAAGCGUCUGUCACCUGCAUCCUUUUUAGGAUCUAUUACAGUUUUUCCCUCUAUCUUGCUGCAUGUCUGUAUUUGCUUUUCCCCAUUACCAGACUGGAAACCAGGCUUUUACCAGCCUGAUGAAAUAAAAUAUUUUUUUCUAAAGGGUGGGCCAGGGACAAGAUGUUAAUUUGUCUUUAGAAGAACACCUUCUAUGUCAAAAUCUAACUGGUAUGGGAGAGCAAUCCAGAUGGUGGUAGAGGUUUGACAUCUGUUGUGUCCAGCAGCUCCUGGCAAGUUCUGGACUCAGAUUUAUCUGCCUGAGCCCAAAGUAAAAAGGGAUCUCUACUCAUCCUUCCGUAUACCCAAAGGUAGCCCCCAGUUUCUGUUCCAUAAGGUUAUGGUUAUAAGUAGAAGUAGAUGAGAAACCAAAAGCACCAUGUUAUUUUUACAUGGGGAAUGCUAGUGCCAAAAGUCAAUACUUGGAAGCUUGCUUUAAAGAUAAAAGCUUUCUUUUUUUCUUUUAAAGGCAACAAAAACUAUGGUACCAUAAUUACAAGUAAAUGGCAUUUGUGUUUUUAUCAAGAUGACAUAAUAAGCUAAGAAAUCCAUACCUUUUAGUAAACAUAAUGGCAUUAUUUUUUACUAUUCUAUAUUUGUACACUAGGAGUGUAAUACUGUGC